AAAAUGGCUUUGCUUCUUUGAAGAUACAUGUUCUCAACUUGUUACUGUUUUUCCUGAAGAGGGAUUUCAGCAAACUGAAUGCUCUUCCCUCAUCAUGGUGAAGUAAAACUUCUGUCAUUUUUUUCACUUUGGGGGUGAAAUAUAGGGAGAGAGAAGGGAAAUUACAGUAAAGUUGCCUUCUAUGUGGAAAGAACUAACUGGAAAAACACCUGGAGUGUAAUGAGCGGCCAUGUAAACUGGCAUGGCUUCAUUGUUUUCUGCCAGUAUGAACAGUAGCUCUCAGAGAUGGGUAUUCCAGUUCAGAACUUUUCUUUCUGAUACUUUUGUCAGUUGUCCAUGGAUCUUUCUCCUGUCUGUGUUAGUGUUUUUUCGUAGAGGUGGGAUGACACUUAUUUUUCAUUCCUUUGGUUACAUCAACUUUUUUUGAAAUUUAGAUCCAAAUUUUAAAUUGAUUUAUUGUUUUACUUGACCCAUGUGAAAUGACAUCAUAACUUUACGAAACAGAAUGUAGCAAUACUGCCGCUAGAGUGUCAGUUUUAUUCUCAGAGAUGCCUUAGCCAUACCGCACAGUUUUGUUGACAGCAACUGUUUUGUUGUUACUACACUAGGUAGAAACCCUACUAAGCUGCUCAGAUGAAGGUGCAUUUUUAUUUAAAUAUCAUGGUUGGCACUCAUUACAGCUAAAGCAAACUACCGAGCAGCAAUGAAAUCAUUCCCUGAUAUUUUUCUUUUUCCUAUGGCACAUGCAUACGAGUUAUAUUUAUACGGAUCUCUCCCAGCAGUUAGCUGGUGGCUUUUUUUUUUUAUUACCGUAUUUGUCAGAUGUAUCACAUAUCAGGGCAAUGGGCAAUGGUUAUUUUUGGAACAGUCUACAUGACUAAGUACUGCAGUUACACUUUGGAAGAUCAAAGGGAAAAACAUUUAAGAGGUCGUUGAACAGGGUAUGUUUGUAAAGCACUGCAAAGUAGAAGUAUAUCUAACUGAAUUAAAGCUUUGUGAAAAUGGAAAUAUGAACAAUGUUGUCACACGAAGAUUUAGUAAAGCUGAUACAAUAGAUACAAUCGAAAAAGAGAUAAGAAAAAUCUUCAAUAUUCCAAGUGAAAAAGAGACCAGAUUGUGGAACAAAUACAUGAGUAACACUUUUGAACCUUUGAAUAAACCAGACAGUACCAUACAGGAUGCUGGCUUAUACCAGGGACAGGUACUGGUGAUAGAACAGAAGAAUGAGGAUGGAUCAUGGCCAAGAGGUCCUUCAACUCCCAAGUCCCCAGGUGCAUCCAAUUUUUCAACUUUACCAAAGAUCUCUCCAUCUCUAUCAAAUAAUUAUAACAACAUGAACAACAGAAAUGUGAAAAAUUCAAAUUAUUGUCUCCCAUCAUAUACUGCUUAUAAGAACUAUGAUUAUUCAGAGCCAGGAAGACACAAUGAGCAGCCAGGCCUGUGUGGCCUGAGUAACUUGGGAAAUACAUGUUUCAUGAAUUCAGCAAUUCAGUGUCUGAGCAACACACCUCCUCUUACAGAAUACUUCCUCAAUGAUAAAUACCAAGAAGAGCUGAAUUUUGACAAUCCUUUGGGAAUGCGAGGUGAAAUAGCAAAAUCUUACGCAGAGCUUAUCAAGCAAAUGUGGUCAGGAAAAUACAACUAUGUGACCCCAAGAGCAUUUAAGACACAAGUGGGACGAUUUGCACCCCAAUUUUCUGGUUAUCAGCAGCAAGACUGUCAAGAGCUACUGGCUUUUCUCUUGGAUGGAUUACAUGAGGAUUUGAAUCGAAUUAGGAAGAAACCUUACAUUCAGUUAAAGGAUGCAGAUGGGAGGCCAGACAAGGUGGUUGCUGAAGAAGCCUGGGAAAACCAUUUAAAAAGAAAUGAUUCCAUCAUCGUAGAUAUAUUUCAUGGCCUUUUUAAAUCCACCCUGGUUUGUCCUGAAUGUGCUAAGAUAUCUGUAACCUUUGAUCCUUUUUGUUAUUUGACACUUCCACUGCCCAUGAAAAAAGAGCGCACUUUGGAAGUUUAUUUAGUUAGAAUGGAUCCACUUGCAAAGCCUAUGCAGUACAAAGUAGUUGUUCCCAAAAUUGGAAACAUAUUGGAUCUUUGCAUAGCACUGUCGGCUUUGUCUGGUGUUGCCGCAGAUAAGAUGAUUGUUACUGAUAUAUACAAUCACAGGUUCCACAGGAUAUUUGGCAUGGAUGAAAAUCUGAGUAGCAUUAUGGAACGUGACGACAUUUAUGUAUUUGAAAUUGCUAUCAAUAGAACGGAAGAUACAGAGCAAGUUAUAAUUCCUGUUUGUUUAAGGGAAAAGUGCAGGUACACUAGCUACAGCCAUAGUGGUUCUUCACUCUUUGGUCAACCUUUUCUCAUAGCAGUGCCUAGAAACAAUACUGAAGAUAAACUGUAUAACCUGCUGCUGCUAAGAAUGUGCCGAUAUGUAAAAACAUGUACCGAAAGCGAGGACACUGAAGGAACCCUACAUUGCUGUAAGGACCAUGGUAUCAAUGGUAACGGCCCGAAUGGUAUACAUGAAGAAGGAUCUCCAAGUGAAAUGGAAACAGAUGAACAAGAUGAUGAAUCCAGCCAGGAUCAGGAACUUCCCUCAGAGAAUGAAAACAGCCAGUCAGAAGACUCAGUGGGAGGUGACAAUGAUUCUGAAAAUGGAUUAUGUACUGAGGAUACUUGCAAAGGUCAACCACUCAUGGGACACAAAAAGCGAUUGUUUACAUUCCAGUUCAAUAAUUUAGGCAAUACUGACAUAAACUACAUCAAAGAUGAUACCAGGCAUAUUAGAUUUGAUGACAGGCAACCUAGGCUUGACGAAAGAUCUUUCCUUGCUUUGGAUUGGGAUCCUGAGUUGAAGAAGAGAUAUUUUGAUGAUAGUGCAGCAGAGGAUUUUGAAAAACAUGAAAGUGUGGAAUAUAAGCCUCCCAAAAAGCCUUUUGUGAAAUUAAAAGAUUGCAUUGAGCUGUUCACAACAAAGGAAAAACUAGGUGCUGAAGACCCAUGGUAUUGUCCAAACUGUAAAGAACAUCAGCAAGCUACCAAGAAGUUAGACUUGUGGUCACUGCCCCCCGUACUGGUUGUCCAUCUAAAGCGCUUUUCCUACAGCAGAUACAUGAGGGACAAGUUGGACACAUUGGUUGACUUUCCAAUUAAUGACUUGGACAUGUCAGAGUUCCUUAUUAAUCCCAAUGCAGGGCCUUGCCGCUACAAUUUGAUCGCUGUUUCCAAUCAUUAUGGAGGAAUGGGAGGAGGGCAUUAUACUGCUUUUGCAAAAAAUAAGGAUGAUGGAAAAUGGUACUACUUUGAUGACAGUAGCGUGUCCACUGCAUGUGAGGACCAAAUAGUGGCAAGUACCUUUUGUGUUUCUAAAACUGGGACUGUUGAUAACGUUCUUCUCUUGAGGGAAGGCAAAUGAAGAGUAAACUGUGAACCUUGCAGUAAAUGUGUAGGUAGUAGUUUGUGUUCUUUCAAAGGACAACACAAAACCAAACUGAAUUGUUCCAACAUGCAAAAAUAACUUACAUGAAAGCUUUGGAUUUCUUUGUAAUUUUACUCUGUACACUUGGAAGAAGAGGGGGAAAAAAGGAUAACUUGGAUUGUAAAUGAUUUGUCUGGAGUCUCAUAAGCAUAUCACACUUCUCUCUCUUCUACAGUCCAAAGCAGCGUAUGUGCUCUUCUACCAGAGACAGGACACAAUCAGUGGAACUGGCUUUUUUCCUCUUGACCGGGAAACUAAACAAGGUGCUUCAGCUGCCACAGGCAUCCCACUAGAAAGCGAUGAAGACAGCAAUGAAAAUGAUAACGAUAUAGAAAAUGAAAAUUGUAUGCACACUAACUAAUGGAAGAACUAGAAGCCAUAAGAGACUUUCUUACAGGGGAUACCUAUUGAAAGAGGGAAAUUGCCCACCAAAUUAGAAAUAAAAGUCUGAGAUGGGGAAUUUCAGAUAACAGAAUGUAAAUCUUUAUUAAAUUUUAACAUGUGCAGUACUUGAAGUGAAACAAUAAAAACUUAAACAGAAAUUGUCUCUAAUGCAUUUACAGUCUUGUAUUCACAAGCUAUAUAUAGGAAAUCACAAAUAAACCCCUUUUAAGUUUUCUGCUGCUGUUCUGAUGAAUUAUGUUUUCUUCUGUUUUGGAUGUGAGUUAAUAACUAAAAUGUUAAAUCUGUGGACUUCUGACAUUUAUUUUCAUAGCACUGCAAGAAUACUACUGCCAAGUUUAGUUUCUGAUGAAUAUAUACAUGUUCUUUAGGCUGUCACAGAGAUUACAAGUAAAAAUGUCAUAAAUACAUAAGCAGUAGUUUUCUUGAAACAGCAGAUUUUUGUUUCUCCCUCAAAUUUACUCUUUUUUUCUAAAUUUGGUCACAAUAGAAGAAAUAGCUUGAAAAGGUGUUUUAACCUUUUGUGAUAUAGUUGAGCAUCCAGAAUAUUAUGUUCAUCUUACUGCUGCUGUGGAACAGGUUCUGGAUUUCAUGCUGCAUUAACAAAAAGUUUCUCAAUUAACUGUAAGUAUCCUUUGUUGCUUGUUGGAAUCUACUCUGCAGACAUAAUUCCUGUUAUCUCGCUUCUAAGAAAUGCAUAAUUUUAAUCUGGUGUCAGUCCAAAAUCUAAAAUUGUGCUGUAAGUUCUUUCUCCCCAGUUUUUGUAGUUUGACAGCUUGCAAACUACUCUGUAAUAGGGUCAGAGUUAAUAGUAUUCUGUAUCCAUAGUAAUGACUGUGUAUCGGGGCUUAGAUGAGAUUGUUUUCAAUAGAACCUGCCUUUAAAUUGUUAAUGAAGAAAACUAUUUUAAAGGUAGGCUUGUUAAUUUUCUUUGUGUGUUCCUGAUGGAAUUCACCAUAGCCUUACAGCAUAUCUGAAAAGGUAACUCAUUAUAAGAGAAUUGGCAUUUGCAUGUUCAAGUCAGAACCUGUACAGUAUAUAAGGCGUACAAACGUUGAGUUGGGUUUUAGUUAAUUAUAUUCAGGGGUCCAGGAUGCCAAAAUAAGUUUGAAACAUGUUUUAAUUUGCUGCUUUCCCUUUGGUCUAGUUGGAAGAAUGUAUUGAUGAUUUGUAUACAAUACUGCCUUUGCAGGGGCUCUUUAAGUGCAGGGGCACAUGUCACAUAUCUGCUACCUGGAGACUUGCUUUGUGUCCCACUGUUCAAACAAAUAACUUAAAAAAGGAGAAAAGUAUGAUGUUCUUCACUUGAACUAAUCAAAUACAAUAGGUUAUAAAUUGUGUAUUGUAAAUAAAAGUUCACUCUGUGAGUGCACAUUUUGGUAAAUUAUUUAUUUAUGUUAGCAUUACAAAGUUUAAAAAAAAAAAAAUUGCAUUUGACCAGGAUAUAAAUAAGGUAUUGUUGGACAUGGCUUUGCUUUAUACCUUGAUAUUAAAACUGGUGUUUUCAUCCUGGUAUUUUAAAGCUGCUUUGAGUUCUUUUUUUCUUUUUUUUUCUUUUUUUUUCCUUUUUUUUUUUAAUGUAAACUAACCUCCUGCAUGACAGAGGUUAAAAUUUUGUCUGCACUUGAGUUCACUUGGGUUUACAUUUGAAAUGCGCAUGUUUAUUUAUACAGAUUUCAAUAAAGCUAUUCAAGGCCUUA